GUGGGCACAGCUGCUUUACAAUCAAGAGAUAAAGGAAAGAAGGAAAACAAAUCCAGAAUUGCUAUGUGAAAACCUUGCUGACAUGUAAUCCUGUCAGAACAUUUAUAAAGAGCAGAAACCCUAUUCAGUGUCAAUCAGGAUGAAUAUUUAAACAACAAUCUUCAGUCUUGCUUCAAAAUGUCCCUGUGUGCAUCUUCUCACAAGGACUUUUCUCAGUUGCUGCCACUUCAGGAUAUUGGAUGCAAUAAAACAGAAAUUAAAAACUCACCCGCUGGUAUCGUCUCUCCAGUUCCCUACAGCUGUAAUCAGUCCACGUUGACAGCAGCACACAGUCCAGUCUGUAUUCCCUCAUCUUACAUGGAAAACAGACAUGAAUAUUCUGCAAUGGCAUUCUGCAGCCCUGCUAUGAUGAAUUACAACAUUACCAGCAAUUUUGGUGAUUCAGAGAGUGCAUCUGUGAGGCAAACAUCAAGCCCCAAUGUGUUAUGGUCUGCUACUGACCAUCUCUCCCCUCUGACAUUGCACUGUCAGUCAUCACUUCUGUAUGCAGAGCAGCCAAAGAGUCCGUGGUGCGAAGCAAGACCGGUGGAGUCAGUGGUACCUGUGACCAGAGAGACGUUAAAAAGAAAAACUAAUGUCAAUGACUGUACAAGCCCAAUUGCAAAUAAUCCUGGCUCGAAAAGGGAUGCCCACUUCUGUGCAGUCUGCAGUGACUAUGCUUCAGGAUACCACUAUGGGGUCUGGUCAUGUGAAGGCUGCAAAGCAUUCUUUAAAAGAAGUAUUCAAGGACAUAACGAUUACAUCUGCCCAGCUACCAAUCAAUGCACGAUAGACAAAAACAGACGCAAAAGCUGCCAGGCAUGCCGGCUACGGAAAUGCUAUGAAGUGGGAAUGAUGAAAUGUGGCUCAAGAAGAGAACGUUGUGGAUAUCGUAUCCUGCGUCGCCAUCGUAAUUCAGAAGAUCAGGUGCAUUGCAUUGGCAAAACUAAGAAAUACAAUGAGACGGCAACCCGCGUAAAAGAGAUCCUCCUCAGCACAGUCAGUCCAGAGCAGUUUGUUUUAACACUACUUGAAGCAGAGCCUCCCAAUGUGUUGGUGAGUCGUCCCAGCAAGCCAUUCACGGAGGCCUCCAUGAUGAUGUCCCUGACAAAACUGGCUGACAAAGAGCUUGUUCACAUGAUUGGCUGGGCCAAAAAAAUUCCUGGCUUCAUUGAUCUCAGCCUUUAUGACCAAGUAAGACUCUUGGAGAGCUGCUGGAUGGAAGUUUUAAUGGUUGGUCUGAUGUGGAGAUCAAUCGACCAUCCUGGGAAAUUAAUUUUUGCACCAGACCUUGUACUAGACAGGGACGAGGGAAAAUGCGUAGAGGGAAUUUUGGAGAUCUUUGAUAUGCUCCUGGCCAUGACCUCAAGGUUCCGAGAGCUGAAACUGCAGCACAAGGAGUAUCUAUGUGUCAAGGCAAUGAUCCUCCUCAAUUCCAGCAUGUUUCCCUUGUCAGCAGAAGAACCUGAAAGCAACAGGAAACUGCAUCACCUGCUUAAUGUAGUCACAGAUGCGUUGGUGUGGGUUAUUGCAAAGAGUGGAAUCCCCUCGCAGCAGCAGACAACUCGUCUGGCCAAUUUGUUGAUGCUUCUCUCUCACGUCAGGCACGCAAGUAACAAGGGAAUGGAGCAUCUCCUGAGCAUGAAGUGUAAAAAUGUGGUGCCUGUGUAUGACUUGCUGCUGGAGAUGCUGAACGCGCACACUCUCCGAGGCCAAAGGAAGUCCCCAGUCACACAUCCCGAAUUUGGCCCAUUAGAACAAAUGGAGACUGGAGACAGUCUGCGAAAUGGGGCAGCCCAGUAA